UUUCACAGACCAGAAACAGCUGAAAGGAGCCUUUGUUAACUGGCUCCUUCAGGAAUAGAGAAGGCAAAAUACCUGACCCCCCUUCCCACUAGCUCUGCCUCCCUAACCCUCUACUCCCCCCUCCAAUCUCACCCACUUCACCCCCCCAUACUCCCUCCUUCAUACAUCUGAAGUGUUCAUGCAGGCCUGAUGGGUCCCUUUCUGGGAGAACAGGAGGAAAGAAAGAUCACACAUGAAAAUAGGAGAAAACAGACUUUGAUACAGAAAUGUGACUGCAAGAGAAAGAGAAACAAUAUACUACAAACAUAUGCAUAAGGGGAAAGCAUGAGGUACCCGGGACAUCACCCUCAGUGCCAACAUUCCAUGCCUCAGUUUACCUUUGCGUGUUUCUGCGGUCUUCAUGGGUUCUGCAAAAUGAAACCAAAGAAAGAUGAACCGCAAGUCGAACAAGAGACGUCAGUAUGAGGGACAUAAAGUAUGCCUACCGCUCAGGGACAGAGCCAUGAGAAUACUUGGGUGGCCUCUAAGCCAGAGAGCAUGUAGGAGAUUGUCAAAAAGCAUUUCCCUUACAAUGUCACAGCUGGGACAGCUUGCAAUGUGUUGCAGAGCAAUGCAUUACUGGCAUCCAGUGUGCUGUUUCCUGUGUAAGGGAAUUCAGGGUAUCCUAUGUCAUUGUGAGAUGGCAUAGAGGUAACUGAUAGACUGAAAAGCUGACCAUUGAAUGUGUUGAAAGGGAUGGAAAUACUAGGGGGAGUGACCACUACCUUAUACUGUCAUCAUAUGGUUCCUCCUGCUUUGCUGAAGUGUCCCAUCUCAAGGAUUUAGCCAGCAUGAGAAAACCUCAUGCAAUCUUAUACAUUUUAUUUCUGAACAAGACAGUUUACAUUUUUUUUCUUUAGAUACCGGACAUGUUGAGAUGUAACCAAGGCCCUUUGCGGAUACCGUGGCUGAUUUUGAAAAGUGAAGUUACCAUCUUAGUAAGACUGCUUAAAUGACAAAGAUAUUUAUAGUAGCUUACACAGGACAGUGGCUGGAUGGCAAAUUAUUAGUUUCUCAGCUUCAGCAAAGCUGGUCCACUCAUAUUUACUACACUAAUGGAUAAUUAGCUUGUUACUUCAGGAAUGCUACAAAGAUGAGGCUUGUUUCUUGCUAAUGAGGAAAGAGUGAGAAACCUGUAGCAGUGACAUAGUGCAAAGCUGAUGCUAGUACACCGCUCAUUAUAGAGCAAGGAAGGAACAGGGUGCUGGAUGAGUGCAAUUAUAAAGCACAAAUUCUUCACAUUAAGUGGCCUUGAUUUACGCACAUAUAAUCUAUCAAGAAAGCAAAUUAAUUUGAAUGUGUUAUAACAUUAAGAAGCUUGAAAACAAUAUACAAUAGAAUUUUCCUAAUCAAUGCUAUUAUGUAGAGAGGAAAUCCUUUUAUGGGCAUACACAAAUUCAUAUGAAAAACAGUAUAUUUAGCUACAAUCAUUAUAAAAUGAUAUACAGCAUGGUCAGGAUCAUAAUAAUCUGCAUUAUUAUAACGAGCAGCAUGUUCAUUAUUUUUCUAUACCAUAUUCCCUCAUCCCCAUAAUAAUAGUACAUACAUUGCUAGGGACUGAUUGUACAAAGCAAAAAUAGCUCCACAUAGCUACUUUCAAGUUAUUUUUGUAUGGUUAUACUUAGCUUUAUGAAAAGUAAUGUUUAUUAGCCAUACUUAUUAUACCAAUGAAUAAGUCCAUAUAGUACCGAUAAUAAUUUUGUGUAUAGUACAAGAUUCCUAAUACAGUGACUAAAAUUAUCCACCUCAAAAAAGCUGUACAAAAAAUAGUGGCUAUAAGUCCCAAUGCUGAGGUGGGCGUAUUUGAAGACGCAUUCAGCACUAUACCAGUAGCAUAUGAGCCUGUUUCAUGGAAGGCGUACUUUCAAAUACACUUACACUUGACCAGAUCUUCAGCACAAGUUUUGCCGGUAUAGAGAUUCAGUUAGAUAUGAGGAGCCAUCAGCAGCAUGUAUCAGCCCAUUGUUCUAGCUGAUUUCUGCUUGGACCUCUAUAAGCUGCAAGCCGAAAAAAGCUGGUGGGGGAUUACGCUGGAAACCGUUCAGAACGAUUCCGCUGAUAAUUGAAUCCGGCCCAGAAUCUUCCUUCUCGUGUACAAAUAAAGUAGCAAAAUAUUCAAACUGAAAUAUGGUAGAAUAUUAUAUAGUAUAGACAGAAGCAAUGAACAUAGCACCUAUCCGUUUCAGAGGAGAAUCCACAAUCAGCCAAGUGGUUAGCUAGUGCUGAUACUAUUCUCAUCAGUGUAUUUGCAUCAGCCCACAGGCACUCGCAACCAGUACAGCUAGUGACCGGUGUAUCUGCACCUCCGUGCAGGUCUGCCCCUAAAGGUGCCUUAGUGUACAAUGGUAUGACAUUGCCACUUUCCUUCCUCUUUCCACCUAAUCAAUCACAAGGUGGCACAAACACCAAACUUGCAUACAGACAUAGGUGUACACUUGCACUGUGCAUGCAUACGUUAUAAUAGGAAUGGGCAACCGCAUAUCUCAGCAUGUGCCCUGAGCACCCUAAGCCAGUGGUUCUCAAACUGUGUGCCUUGGCACCCUGGGGUGCAUUGGGACACUUGCAGGGGUACCCUGGGUUGGUGGUCCAUUACCAAUUACAAUUAUUUAUGGCCAAUGUAGUAGGCAAAACCAGUGCUAGUGGCUGUCAAUCAUAAAAUAUGUGGGCAAAUAGAAGCAAAUCUUGUCCCUCACCACACAAUUAAACCUAAGGAUGACAUAUAAACACAAUUUACUUCAUUUAAUAUUUCUUUCUAAAUUUCUCGAUAAGAAACUUUUGACCUAGGGGUGCCGUGAAAAAAAUUCUGAUACUCUAGGGCAGUGUUUCCCAACCACGGUCCUCAAGGCACGCUAACAGUCCUGGUUUUAGUGAUAUCCAGGCUUGAACACAGGUGACUUAAUUAGUACCUCAGUUAUUUUGAUUUA